AUUGUGAGAUUUGUCAUCAGGGUUCAAGAAAAUCAUUGCUGAUCAGAUUUUCUCUAGAAAUGUCUUUUUCAUUUGCUUGGCAUUCUGAUACAUUCUCAUACCAUGAUAAAAACCAUGGACAUCAUCAACCAGGUAUACAACAGAAGAAGAAGAAGAAGAAAGUAGCACAUAAUGAUGGAUCAUCUAUACAAAGUCCAACUGCUGCCAUUGAGUUGGCAUGCAAGAAGCUGGGGUCUUCAGCUGACAAUCAAAAUCCUGCUAAAAGUAAACCAAAAACAACUGUUGAAUCUUUGCUGGCUGAUGCAUUGCCAGCUGCUAUCAAAAAGUCUGCCUUGAAAUCAUCAAAGAAGGUAAAAAAACUCUCAGUUUCUUUUGCUGAUGAGAAAGCCUGUUUGAAAACUGUUAACUCAUCACGUGAGAAAUCCAGUUUGAAAACUGUUAACUCAUCACGUGAGAAUGCUGCUUCUGUUACAAUGAGAGAUAAUUCUAAGAAGAUAAUUAAGACUAAUAAAGUCACUGAGAAAAGUAUCAAGAUUCCUAAAUUGCCAAAUGAAGUCCCCAAGUCAAAAGCUCAUACAAUCAAGGAGGUUAAUGGUCUUAUUCCCAGAAUUUCAUCUUUACAAGACAAGGGUAGUGACUUGGCUUCUUCCUCAGUGACAGACACGUCACUUAAUUGUAAAAGUAUCAAACAUGAUAAAAAGAAACUAGGAACAAUAAAAUUAGCCCUUAACAAAUCCUUACAAUGCAAUGGGGUUGGUCCAGCCAACAUGGAAAUCUCUUCUGUUAAAAAGAGAAAAUUAGAAAACCUGCAAACAACUCAACUUUUGCCAUCUUCAGAAGGAAACAGCAAUGUCAAAAAGAGAAAAUUUCCAGCUGAUUCUACUCCUAAAGAGACUCAAGAAGCUGUGAAGAUUCUUGCCAACAGCAAUGCCAAGAAACAGAAGGAGAUAAAGAAACCUACAGCACCCAAGAAAACAAGAUUGAAAAGGGAAGAAGAAAGUGACGGAUGGGAAGAUCUGGACUCUGAUGUAGACUGGGAAGCAAUUGACACAGAUGACUGUGAGGUAAUAGAUUGCAGUAAUGAAGAAGAACCUGAACUUGAUGAGAAUUUUCACUCAGAUUUGAAAUCAUUACUAAGUGAACUAAACUUUGAUGCUGUUAAGAAGCAAAUGGAGAAAGAGAGACUUGAUGAAAGUGAUACUGGCUUUGAAACCGAUGAUACAGAGGAAGAAAAUUCAUCAGAAAGCGAUCAUGAUUCACAACAGCCAUCUGAUGAUGAUUUGUCAGAUUCCAUGAGAGGUGAUGAAUCACGUUCAGCUCAUUCAGUUAAUUUGGUUGUGGAUGGAGAACAUAAAGCUCCUGUAAAUGAAGAAAGCAAGCUCAUCAAGCCAAUAAAACAUGUUAAAGCUGCUGAUGUGCACAAAAUUGGAGCCUCACUUGCCAAGUUUGGCAAGUGUCCAGCUGGCGAACUGCCAUCCAAGCUUUCAAAAUCCCAAUCUCUUGCUCAGAAAAUGCAGCUCAAACUUAACGUUGCUAAAUUUAGGAUGAUAAAUGAGCAGUUGUAUAAAAUUUCUGGAGAGGAGGCGCAAGAGCUCUUCAAAGAUGAUCCAGAGUCAUUCAAGAUCUACCACGACGGUUUCCAGUCACAGGUCGCCCUGUGGCCCCUGAAGCCGCUCGACAUCAUCAUAGACUGGCUGAAAAUUCAGGACAGCAGUUGGGUGGUAGCCGACUUUGGGUGCGGGGAGGGGGAGCUGGCAGAGCGCGUGCAGCAGAAGGUGCACAGCCUUGACCUCGUUGCUAUCAAGCCCCAUGUGACAGCUUGCGACAUGGCGCACACGCCACUCAGGCCGCAGAGCGUGAACGUGGCCGUGUUCUGUCUCUCCCUCAUGGGCACUAACGUCUCAGAUUUCAUCAAGGAAGCAAACAGAACUCUAAAGCCGGGUGGGAUCCUGAAAAUAGCAGAAGUCGAGUCGAGAAUAACAAACGUGGAGGAGUUUGUGGCCAAGAUCCAGAAGUUCGGCUUCAAGUGCUGCAAGAAACCCGUUAACCACAACUACUUUGUGUCUUUUGAUUUCAAGAAGGUUAAAGAUGUGAAGAACAGGGAAAAUUUGCCGGUCAUUAAAUUGAAGCCUUGUCUUUACAAAAAAAGAUAAAAGCCUGGACGCACGAGAAGUAAGGCAGCUUGAGCGCGGCGGUGCAGUCAGAGCGGUGCAGGGGGUUG